UGAGAGUGCAGUGUCAUUAAGACAGCUUGACAGCAGUGUGAAGAUGGCGGCGUACAGUCGCUCUCAGCUGCUCCUGCUGCUGUUGUCGUCCGUGUGUCUCUGCGGCUUCGGCUCCAUGGUCGGCUCGAAGGCAGCCAGCGGCCCGGCCGAGCCUCCCAACCCGCCCCUCCUCAGAGCCGCCGAUCCCCCGGUGAAGGAUGCACCUGCCGCCGCUGCUGCUGCUGCCGCCGCUGGGGCCUCUCAGCCUCGAAGGGCGACCGGCUGGAAACUGUCGGAGGAGGAGGCCUGCCGAGAGGACCUGACCCGCCUCUGCCCUAAACACACCUGGACAAACAACCUGGCCGUGCUGGAGUGUCUGCAGGACCGCAGAGAGGAAACUGAGAUCGCUCCUGACUGUAACCAUCUCCUGUGGAAUUAUAAACUCAAUCUGACCAUGGAUCCAAAGUUUGAGUCAGUGGCCUCGGAGGUCUGCAAGAGCACCAUCUCUGAGAUAAAGGAGUGUAAUGAAGAGGAAAGAGGGAGGGGCUACCUGGUGUCCUGUCUGGUGGAUCAUCGUGGGAACAUCAGCGAGUACCAGUGUCACCAGUACAUCACGAAGAUGACCAGCAUCGUCUUCAGCGACUUCAGACUGAUCUGUGGCUUCAUGGACAAAUGUAAAGAUGACAUCAACAACAUGCACUGCGGCAGCAUCAACGUGGGACAGAAGGACGUCCACUCUCAGGGCGAGGUGAUCUCAUGUCUGGAGAAGGCGCUGGUGAGGGAGGUGGAGCAGAAAGAUCAAGUUCACCCAAUCAAAGAGGAGUGUCAGAGGGCGAUCCUGGCGGGUGCCGAGCUGUCGUCAGACGACUUUCACCUCGACCGCCAUCUUUACUUCUCAUGCCGAGACGACCGCGAGAGGUUCUGUCAGAACACUCAGGCAGGAGAAGGAAAAGUGUACAAGUGUCUGUUCAAUCACAAGUUUGAAGAAGCGAUGUCAGAAAAGUGCCGUGACGCUCUCACCACCCCGUCAGAAGCUGAUCUCUCAGACUACAGAGUCAGUUACUCUCUGGCUACAGCCUGCAAGCUGGACCUGAGGAAGCAGCGCUGCAGCUUAGACAACAACCUGCCGCGAGCCCGAGAAGCCCGACUGUCCUACCUGCUGCUCUGUCUGGAGGCCGCUGUGCACCGGGGUCGUACAGUCAGCGGGGAGUGUCAGGGCGAGAUGCUGGACUACAGGCGGAUGCUGAUGGAGGAUUUCUCUCUCAGUCCUGAGAUCGUGCUGCACUGUCGGACCGAGAUCGAGGCUCACUGCUCCGGUCUGCACCGCAAAGGACGCACGCUGCACUGCCUGAUGAGGAUCGGACGAAGCGACCGCAGCACCACUGUGGACAGCGUCUGCCAGAGCGCUCUUCAGACUUUGAUCCAGUCUGCAGAUCCUGGAGCAGACUACCGCAUUGACCGAGCGCUCAAUGAGGCCUGUGAGUCCGUCAUCCAGACCGCCUGCAAACACAUACGCAACGGAGACCCCAUGAUCCUGUCGUGCCUGAUGGAGCACCUGUACACAGAGAAGAUGGUGGAGGACUGUGAGCACAGACUGUUGGAGCUGCAGUAUUUCAUAUCCAGAGACUGGAAACUGGACCCCAUCCUGUAUAAGAAGUGUCAGGGCGACGCGGCUCGACUCUGUCACACUCACGGCUGGAACGAGACCAGCGAGCUGAUGCCGCCGGGCGCCGUCUUCUCCUGCCUGUACCGCCACGCCUACCGCACGGAGGAGCAGGGACGAAGGUUAUCUCGGGACUGUAAGGUCGAGGUUCAGAGGAUUCUCCACCAGAGAGCGCUGGAUGUGAAGUUGGACCCUGAGCUGCAGAAACGCUGCAUGACUGACCUCGGGAAGUGGUGCAGCGAGAAGACCGACCCUGGUCAGGAGCUGGAGUGUCUGCAGGAUCAUCUGGAGGACCUGGUUUCCGCCUGCAGGGAAGUUGUGGGCAACCUGACGGAGCUGGAGUCAGAGGACAUCCAGAUCGACGCUCUGCUCAUCAGAGCCUGUGAACCUGUCACACAGGCCCACUGUCACGACGUAGCUGAUAACCAGAUCGACACAGGAGAUCUCAUGGAGUGUUUGGUGCAGAACAAACAUCAGAAGGAGAUGAACGAGAAGUGUGCAGUCGGCGUCACUCACUUCCAGCUGAUCCAAAUGAAGGAUUUCCGCUUCUCCUACAAGUUCAAGAUGGCCUGUAAGGAGGACGUUCUGCGCUUGUGUCCAAACAUCAAGAAGAAGGUGGAUGUCGUGAUCUGUCUGAGCACCACGGUGAAGAACGACACGCUGCAGGAGGCCAAAGAGCAGCGGGUCUCACUCAAGUGUCGAAAACAGCUGCGGGUGGAGGAGCUGGAGAUGUCAGAGGAUAUCCGUCUGGAACCGGAGCUGUACGAACCCUGUAAGUCCGACAUCAGCCGCCUCUGUCCCAACGUGGCGUACGGAAACGCUCAGGUGAUCGAGUGUCUGAAGGAGCAGAAGAAGCAGCUGAGUCAACGCUGCCAUCAGAGGAUCUUCAGGCUGCAGGAGGUGGAGAUGACCGACCCUGAGCUUGACUACCAGCUGAUGAGAGUCUGCAAGCAGAUGAUCAAGCGUUUCUGCACUGAAGCAGACACCCGAAACGUCCUUCAGUGUCUGAAGCAGAACAAGAACAGCGAGCUGAUGGAUCCAAAGUGUAAACAAAUGAUCACUAAGAGACAGAUCACACAGAACACAGACUACAGGCUGAACCCGGUGUUGAGGAAAGCCUGUCGAGCCGACAUCCCAAAGUUCUGCCAGUCGAUCCUGAACAAAGCGACUGACGACAGCGAGCUGGAGGGUCAGGUCAUCGCCUGCCUCAAACUCAAAUACGCCGACCAGAGGUUGUCUCCAGACUGUGAAGACCAGAUCAGAGUGAUCCUGCAGGAGGCCGCGCUCGACUACAGACUGGACCCACAGCUGCAGAGACACUGCACAGAUGAGAUCUCCAGGUUGUGUGCGGAGGAGGCGGCGGCUCAGGAGCAGACGGGUCAGGUGGAGGAGUGUCUGAAAGUCAACUUGCUGAAAAUCAAACAGGAGUCUUGUAAAAAGGAGGUCCUGAACAUGCUGAAGGAGAGUAAAGCCGACAUCUUCGUGGACCCAGUCCUCCACACAGCCUGCGCUCUGGACCUCAAACACCACUGUGCCGCCAUCACACCCGGCAGAGGACGACAGAUGUCGUGUCUGAUGGAGGCGCUACAGGACAAGAGGGUCCGUCUGCAACCCGAGUGUAAGAAGAGACUCCAAGACCGGAUCGACAUGUGGAGCUACGCUGCAAAGGUGGCGCCAGCAGAGGGCUUCUCAGACCUCGCCGUGCAGGUGAUGACAUCACCCUCCAAGAACUACAUCCUCCUCAUGAUCACACUGAGCGUGUGCAUCCUCUUCCUGGUGGGGCUGCUGUGCGGCCGGAUCACAAAGCGAGUGACCAGAGAAUUAAAGGACCGGUAGAGGAUGGGCCCUCGAAAGAGACUGACCCCUCCUUACCUUCCUCCUCUUCUUCCCCCUCCUCCUCCUCCUCCUCCUCCUCCUCCUCCUCCUCCUCCUCCUCCUCCUCCUCCUCUCAGAUGCCCAGUCUGUAACCAGCCAACCUGCACAGUGCCAACGCCAGCGCCCACAUCUGGAACUCUUCUGUUUACUGGCUGCCGCUGAAUAUUUGCAUCCGAUGCAAAACGCCCCAAAAUCCCACGAACACUCCGACCUUUGAGGGAGCUCUGACUUUCUGAUUGGAGCAUUUUUUUCUUGAUUAUCCCCUCCCCCCCCCAAAAAAAAUCUGCUUCUGCUGAUGACUUGGUUCGGGGUCGGAUGUGAGGACGUCCGGCAUCUCUUGAGUUUCUAAAUAUGCGCUGUCGAUGAUGUGACUGAGGGCUGCUGCUUCUGAGGUUAGGAUUGCUUUCCCCUCGUUGACCCCGAUGCUUUUUGUGAUAUUUAAAGGAGACUGGAGCAUGAAGAGAGCAGCUUUUCAAAAGUGACUGUGGCUGCCUGAGUUGCACAAAGAGCAAAAUUAAGUCUUGAGAACUUUCAGUUGAUUUCUGUGGUGUAACCAAUGUUUUUCUAUAUUUUCUCAUCUUCUUCACUCGUGUUCUGGAGUUACAUCCAAACCGCCAAGUACGGAUCUCUGCGUUCGGUCCAGGUCCUCAAGUUCUGGAUUGUAAAGAUGUUUCAGAUACUUUCACCGUGUCCUGUCGCCCUCAGCCCGUUCUCUGUUGCCUUUAAUGAAAUGACAUAACACACGUCACAUAAUGUGCACACAGAAGCUUCAUUUUAUAACUAAACAACCUGCAAGUCUGGGUUUAGUCUCUGUGACUGUGUCAGUUAUUUUUGAUAUGGAUAAAGCAUUUCAACCUGAGACUAACAGCUGGUUCUCUCUGCAUAGACGGUUCAAGUUUGAUUUUAUUUAUGGAUGAAGGCAUCAAAGAGCUCAGAUCACCGUAUUUAACCUGCACUCAGCUGAAACAUCAUCGAACAGCUUCACCUGAGGCUGAAAUCUUUAGUUUGGUUUGACCUGAUUUUAAAGCUCAGAAAGUCCUGCACGAGUCCAAACUACAGAUGAACUACAAAAACAAGUCACAUGACUGAAGAGGUUCAUUAUCGGUUUCAUUUUCAAAAACAGUGUCCUAAAACGAUCAGUGGGUAAUAAGUCUAGCAAAGCAUAAAAAAGCAGCUAGCCUGGCUUCGUCCAAAGCAUCGACUCUGUAUAAAGAUGGACGACACGUCUUCACCUCCUGUUGUAAAAAAGUGAAGCUGUCACGGGCGCUGAAAUCUUACACAUUAGGAACCAGGGCCGGUGCAGUGGAGAUCAGCUGGUGGAGCAGCAGAAUCGACUCCCCGCUCUUGCUGUCGAUCAAAACUAACGUUCAACUUACCGAUAAUACGAAGAAGGUCCCUCCCUCAGUGCUCUUGAUAUUUCCUCUCACUGCUCCUCCUCCAGUCUGCCAACACAGCUCUGCAGUAGGGAUGGGCGACGAUAUUCGAAUAUUCGUUCACUUUGUAAAAAUCGAAGAGUUACUUUGAAUAUUUUCUCAUCUUAACAGUAAAAUUUUUCCUUGUUUUCACCGGUGUCUGGUUGUUAUACUGUAUUCCCGCCAGACAGUGGCUGCAGGGCGUCUUAGAGCUGCUUGAUUUCUGCAUUAAAUAACAGAAGAAGAAGAAUGCUAACUGCAUUAAAUAGCAAAAGAAGUAGAAAACAUUAGCAACAGUUGCAGCGAUUUUCUGCGUUUCUGAAUGUCACACUACUACACACGUAUUUCCAGAGACUGAGCAUGACUGUAAAAUGUAAAACGCCAAUGAUUAUCAAAAAGUAUUUCAGCUUGAAAUGCCCAUCCCUACUCUGCAGGAGCAAUGUUUACUAACAAAGCUAUCAACCUUGUUUAUGCUUUAAAUAAGUAAUUAACACUAAACUUCUCAACAAAAUGAACACUUUGGAGAAUAUCUGCAUUUUAGAGUCGACUGGUGUAGAUAAGAGUGCCUCAGUUAACAUGGAGGAGGCAGGCUUUAUGACUCUUUAUGACUCAGCCAGUAAAGGGAGCCUUAAAAGUUUGGCUUCACUUUGGGGGGAGCUGUCGUGUCGUCCAUGUUUUCAUACAGUCUUUUAAAAAAGGAGCACCCAGCAUCCUCCUCCACACAGAUACACAAUAAAAGUUUCUGUUCUCUCAAUUUUCUUCUCAAACUUUGGACUGAGCCAGGCGAGCUGCGUCCCUCUGCUACACUGACACCAGCUCUUCUGACUCACUGUGUACAGCCUGCUCAUCACCCAGCAGCUUGUUUGCUUCCUCCACGUGGCCAAAACAAACAAAACAACACACACUAACAGCAAUGAGAGCAGCUUUAAGUGACUGUAAUUAUUUAUGUAUUAAAUCAAUGUUGCUUAUGAAUGAUUGAGAAUCUGAAGCAGAUAACUUUGAUUUAUUUCUACAUAUGACACGAGCCCAAGUCUCAAACUGACUGAUGAUUAUAAGGAUGCAUAAUCCCUCAAUAUUUGACAUUUGAAAUACAUGCAUAUCUUUGUGUUGAAGGCGGGUGACUGGUAACUGUAACUAAAGAAAGGAAGCAUUAUUUUGUAUUUAUUUUUUGUAUCUAGUUGAUGCAUAUUUAAUUUUGCACUUUAACUUGGUGUACGUCUGAUCUGCUGUGCAUUGAGCUUCUUAUUGUUUGCAAACUCCAGCUGAUGUGAACAUCAGCCUCAUUCAUCUCAUGUAUUCGCUGCUUUUGGUUGUAUGAUUUUGAAAUCACACGUAUACGGAGUGUGCAGCAUGUACACGAUUAUAUCUGCUCAUUUACAAAAAGUUAACAAAGCUGAAGUUACAAAUCAACUUUUAAGGGUUUUGUGCUUGAAAUGUGUCGUCUGCUACUUGAGCGCGGAGUCAGAGCAUCAUGGGUGAGCUCGCAGCUUUGAGUUCUUCUGUUUGUUCUUCUUGUGUCUGCUGACGUCAGAGCCAGAACACAGGAAAUGAACAGAGCUAUCAUAACCAGUUUGGUACGUCGAGUCUCUACGUGUACAAACUUUAUCAGUGUGCAGUUUCUCUUCUGUUCAGAUCAUGCCAUGUAAUAUGAAGACGUAACAGAUUUAUCAUCAUGAGAUUUGAUUUUGCUGUACAGAUAAAAUUUGUCAAUUUAAUAAAACUGUCUGCAGAUUUUCAUA